GGGGCGGGCCGGGAGAUGGGACGGCCCGAGUCUUCCGUGUGCCACGGCUGUCGCCUUAGCCUCGCGGCUCCUGCCACUCGGUGCCUGCAGUGCCGGCGUUACCCGCGCGGGCUGUAGGGAGAGCGCUGCCGGGGCGCGCGCGCGGGGGUCCCCGCAGUCCCAGCAGUUCCUCUCGCGCCGGGUGGGGCGGCGGGGUUCAGCAGCAGUCGGGAGAGGCCCUAGACGGCGCCAUGUCGGCGGGCGGUCAGUGCCCGGCAGGAGCCGGAGGGGGCCCCGGGGGUGCCUCCUGCGCCGUGGGGGUCUCCCCUGGCGGAGUAUCCAUGUUCCGGUGGCUGGAGGUGCUGGAGAAGGAGUUCGACAAGGCCUUCGUAGAUGUGGAUCUGCUCCUGGGCGAGAUCGAUCCGGAUCAGGCGGACAUCACUUACGAGGGGCGACAAAAGAUGACCAGCUUGAGCUCCUGCUUUGCACAGCUUUGCCACAAAGCUCAGACUGUGUCCCAAAUCAACCACAAGCUAGAGGCACAGUUGGUGGAUCUGAAAUCUGAACUGACAGAGACCCAAGCAGAGAAAGUUGUACUGGAGAAAGAAGUGCACGAUCAGCUUUUACAGUUACAUUCUAUUCAGCUUCAGCUUCAUGCGAAAACUGGCCAGAGUGUUGACUCUGGUACCAUUAAGGCAAAAUUGGAGAGAGAGCUUGAAGCAAAUAAAAAAGAAAAAAUGAAAGAAGCUCAACUUGAAGCUGAAGUGAAGUUAUUGAGAAAAGAGAAUGAAGCCCUUCGUAGACAUAUAGCUGUUCUCCAGGCUGAAGUUUAUGGGGCAAGACUGGCUGCCAAGUACUUGGAUAAGGAACUAGCAGGAAGAGUCCAGCAAAUACAGUUACUAGGACGUGAUAUGAAGGGACCUGCUCAUGAUAAGCUUUGGAACCAACUGGAAGCUGAAAUACAUUUGCAUCGUCACAAAACUGUUAUCAGAGCCUGCAGAGGACGUAAUGACCUGAAACGACCAAUGCAAGCACCACCAGGCCAUGAUCAAGACUCUUUAAAGAAAAGCCAAGGUGUUGGUCCAAUUAGAAAAGUGCUCCUCCUUAAGGAAGAUCAUGAAGGCCUUGGGAUUUCAAUUACAGGUGGGAAAGAACAUGGUGUUCCAAUUCUCAUUUCUGAGAUCCACCCAGGACAACCUGCUGAUAGAUGUGGAGGUCUCCAUGUUGGAGAUGCUAUUCUGGCUGUUAAUGGAGUAAAUCUAAGAGACACAAAGCAUAAAGAAGCUGUAACCAUUCUUUCUCAGCAGAGAGGAGAGAUCGAAUUUGAAGUAGUUUAUGUGGCUCCUGAAGUGGAUUCUGAUGACGAAAAUGUAGAAUAUGAAGAUGAGAGUGGACAUCGCUAUCGUUUGUACCUUGAUGAAUUAGAGGGAGGUAAUAAUUCUGGUGCUAGUUGCAAGGACACAAGUGGGGAAAUCAAAGCGUUACAAGGGUUUAAUAAGAAAGCAGUAACUGAUGGACAUGAAAAUGGAGACCUAGGAACAUCAAGUGAAACUCCACUAGAAGACAGUGCUUCAAAAUUAGAUGAUCUGCACAGUCUGUAUCAUAAAAAAUCUUAUUAAAUUGACUGUCUGCAGACAAGAUUGUUAA